AAGUUAUUAAAACGUCACUGCAGGACGCCAGUGUCCCUGAGUAUUAGCGUACUUGGGCAUGGGGGCGGGAGGGACUUUCCGAGCUUCAAGAUGAUUUAGCCGCUCCACAGAGGCGGGGCCACAGGCACCCGGCCGGCGGACUGCCAGUCCCGGGACACCCCGCGCGGUGCGAAGGAGUGGCUGCGAGUUCGGAGGUCAAAACCACCUUGGGCGCCCAAGGACACCGGUGCGCGCCCAUCCGUCGCGAGGCGCACAGGCCUUGGGACGCACACGCCCCGGGACGCGCACGGGACAGCUGCUGGGAGGGACCGCAGGAGAAGACGAGGAGGAGGGGCGGGUGACAAAUCCCCACCUCCGAUCCCGCCCACGGUCCCGCCCCGCAGCGAUUAUAGCCGAUGACUCAGGGCGGAGCUCCACAUCCAACUCAGGGCGGCCGCCAAGUUCUCUGGAUGGGACCAGAAGUUUCUAGCCGGCCAGUUGCUGCCUUCCCUUUAUCUCCUCCUUCCCCUUUGGCAGCUAGGAGGCUAUUUCCAGACACUUCCACCCCUCUCCGGCCACGUCACCCAGUCCUUUAAUUCAUAAAGGUGCCCGGGGCCGGCUUCUCGGACACGUCGGCGACGCAGAGGUGCCCGCACUCCACGACCUCGUGACCCGCGCCCUAGCUCCGCGCCCCGGGCGGACCCCGACCCAGCAUGAGCGCCGCAACCCAGUCUCCAGUGAUGCAGAUGGCGUCCGGCAACGGAGCCGGUGACCGAGACCCCCUGCCCCCGGGCUGGGAGAUCAAGAUCGACCCGCAGACCGGCUGGCCCUUCUUCGUGGACCACAACAGUCGCACCACGACGUGGAACGACCCGCGCGUGCCCCCCGAGGGUCCCAAGGAAACUUCAUCCUCUGCCAAUGGCCCUUCCCGUGAAGGCUCCAGGCUGCUGCCCACCAGAGAAGGCCACCCCAUAUACCCCCAGCUCCGGCCAGGCUACAUUCCCAUUCCUGUCCUCCACGAAGGCUCUGAAAAUCGGCAGCCACACCUCGCCCAUGCCUACUCCCAGCCCGGGGUGCAGCGAUUUCGAACUGAGGCAGCAGCGGCUGCUCCUCAGAGGUCCCAGUCCCCUUUGCGUGGCGGCGUGACAGAAGCCACCCAGCCAGAUAAACAGUGUGGACAGGUGCCCACAGCUGCAGCAGCCCAGCCCCCGGCUGCCCAUGGACCUGAGCGGUCUCAGUCUCCAGCUGCCUCUGACUGCUCCUCCUCAUCCUCCUCGGCCAGCCUGCCCUCCUCCGGCAGGAGCAGUCUGGGUAGCCACCAGCUCCCCCGGGGCUACAUACCCAUCCCUGUGAUACAUGAGCAGAACAUCACCCGGCCAGCAGCCCAGCCCUCCUUCCACCAAGCCCAGAAGACCCACUACCCAGCUCAGCAGGGUGAAUACCAGACCCACCAGCCUGUGUACCACAAGAUCCAGGGGGAUGACUGGGAGCCCCGGCCGCUCCGGGCAGCAUCCCCAUUCAGGUCACAGGUCCGUGGUGCAUCCAGCCGGGAAGGCUCUCCAGCCAGAAGCGGCACACCAGUUCACUCCCCAUCACCCAUCCGUGUGCACACAGUGGUUGACAGGCCUCAGCAGCCCAUGACCCAUCGAGAACCUCCACCUGCCACCCAACCAGAAAACAAAACAGAAAGUAAGCCAGGCCCAGCUGGACCAGAUCUCCCGCCUGGACACAUCCCCAUUCAAGUCAUCCUCAAGGAGGCAGACUCUAAGCCUGUGUCCCAGAAGCCACCUCCUGCUGAGAAGGUGGAAGUAAAGGUCUCCUCGGCCCCAAUUCCUUGUCCUUCUCCCAGCCCUGCCCCUUCAGCUGUCCCUUCCUCCCCCAAGAAUGUGGCUGCAGAACAGAAGGCGGCCCCAAGCCCCGCCCCUGCAGAAGCGGCAGCCCCCAAACCAGGAGAAGCGGCGGAAGCCCCUGCUAAACACCCAGGUGUGCUGAAGGUGGAAGCCAUCCUGGAGAAGGUGCAAGGGCUGGAGCAGGCCGUAGACAACUUUGAAGGCAAGAAGACGGAUAAAAAGUACCUGAUGAUCGAAGAGUAUCUCACCAAAGAGCUGCUGGCCCUGGACUCUGUAGACCCUGAAGGGCGAGCUGAUGUUCGCCAGGCCAGGAGAGAUGGUGUCAGGAAGGUUCAGACCAUCUUGGAAAAACUCGAGCAGAAGGCAAUCGACGUCCCAGGUCAAGUACAAGUCUAUGAACUCCAGCCCAGCAACUUGGCGUCGGAGCAGCCACUGCAGGAAAUCAUAGGCAUGGGUGCCGGGGCAGCUGACCAGGAUAAGAAAAACCCUGAAGAUCCACAAACUGAAAGCCAACAGCUAGAAGCCAAAGCAGCCCCGCCUCCAAAUCCCAGCGGCACAGCAGACUCGGCUGGCAAUAAUCCAGUGGCACCCUAGUGUCUACGUGGAGCCUUGCGACCGACAGUGUGCCGUAGAGACUUUUAAGUUGCAUGCACUGCGGGACUUGCCGUCAGUUGGUUCUUAUUAUCCAUAGCUGCUUGGUAUGCCGUAACUUGGGGUGGAGGUAGAGCACUAACAAAGGGGGAUUUCUUCUGUAUUAUCCGUAUAAAUAAAAAAAAAAUUGCCUGUUUCCGAAGUCUAACCCCGCUGCUUGUGUGAGAGGCCUUUCUGUGCAUGGGUACGGUGAGUUAGCCAUGGCUGUGAGCUGUCUUUCUGUAGCUCUGGACUAAAGGGGUUUGGGGAGAUAGGCAGAGAGUUACAGGAAUAUGAAACCCGGUUUUGAGACGUGUUGCCAUUUUGAUGGGAUAAUCUUCAUCUCAUUACUGAAAUAUCUAACUUUAGCUAAAAUGAGAUGUGCAAGGAGCCUUAGGACUAUCUGUAUGCUAGAAUGGCUUUAAUGUUACAUUUCGGGGGAGGGGUGGAAAUAAAGUGAUUCUAUAACUCUCAA